GUUUAAUUUUCAGGAAUGCUCCGAGGACCCCUGGGGCGGAGCCGUGUAUCCAUGGAUACUGUUUGACGCUUUGUGCUGUGCGGUGUGCCAGACAGGAGCCUGGAACACUGCCUAAAGGUCCAGAAGAUAAUGUCCUUACCAAUGUUGGAUGUGCUGCGGGUAUGCACAGUGCUGGAGGAUAGCUUGGAUCAGCUCUCAAUUCUAGGUUUUAUCAUGCCUGUUUCCUAUCAUGGCCAAAGUGAUAUGGUUGGAAAUGAGGUUGGCACAAUUCUGAAGACACAGAGGCAGCUGGAAGGGAGGUUUGAGGAGCUGAUUGGCUCACACUCUAGUCGUCAGUUAACACCCCCUCCUUUGUCAAACAAGUUCCUGGACCUAAAGGAUCAGGUGCAUGAAACAAGUCAAAAGCUAAAAAUAAGCAAUGAACAUUUUACCAAAGCAGUAAGGCAAAGUCCGUUAACAUCUGACAACUUGAAGAAAGUGCAGGCCGACAGGCAAUUUGCAGCAGAUGUCAUCACAGAUAUGCUAAAGGAGCUGGAAACCACCGGAUCAUUUCAGAGCCUACAGCAUGCUGUUGUUCUGGAAAAGGAGAAAAAGGCAAAUUUCUACAGCACAAUAGACAGAGAACAGGAAGGGAGAAAAAAGAUCAAAGCACUGCAGAAGCAGCUGCAUGAUGUAAGACAGGAGAAAAAAGUGGAGCUGCAGAGCCGUACCCAACUAAUCGCUUUCCUCAAGGAUCAGCUACAGGAAAUGAAAGCUAAAACCAACAUGGAAGGCAGGUAUGUGAAGAAGGACUCAGAGCUUCAAAUGUCCCAGACGCAGACAAAGUGCAGUAUAGCGGAGUCAGAGCUACAGAUGGAGAUUCAGAAAGUUAAAGAAAAGAUGGACGAGGAGGUCAGGGUUCACGUGGAGAUUGAAAACUUCCUCAGGCAGCACCAACAAGAAUUGGAAGAGAAGCUGGAGUACUGGAUGGAGAAGUAUGACAAAGACACAGAAGAAAAGCAAGCUGAACUGAAUGCUUUGAAGACCGCCAGAGUUAAUGAUCUCUCAUUGUUGCAGGAUCUGGCCAAGCAAUAUGAGGAGUAUGAGAAAGUGAUUAUUGAAGAUCGUCUGGAGAAGGAGAAGGCACAGCAGCAGAAAAAACAAGAGAAAAUGGAAUUAUCCAGUGCCAUCAAGAUCCAAGCUUGGUGGAAAGGAAUGAUGGUGCGGAAAUGCCUGGGCCCCUACAAGAAAUCCAAGAGCAAGAAAGGCAAAGAAAAGGGCAAAAAAGACAAAAAAGGCAAGGGGAAAAAGGGAGGAAAAAAGAAGUGAAUUCAAAUAAAAUGUAUAUAUAAGAUAAAAAAAAAAUUAAAACAUUGAUUUCAUAUUGGAAGAAAUGUGAAUAAAAUAUUUUCUGUUUGAA